GGCGACGGCAAAGCACCACCACAGCCAUGAGGGAGAUCGUGCACAUCCAGGCGGGUCAGUGUGGAAACCAAAUUGGAACCAAGUUUUGGGAAGUGAUCAGUGACGAGCACGGGAUUGACCCGGCCGGAGGCUACGUUGGUGACUCAGCUUUGCAGCUGGAGAGGAUCAGUGUCUACUACAAUGAAUCAUCCGCCCAAACAUAUGUACCCAGAGCAAUUUUGGUGGACUUGGAACCAGGAACCAUGGAUAGUGUUCGAUCUGGCCCUUUUGGACAACUCUUUCGGCCUGAUAAUUUUAUCUUUGGACAAACAGGUGCUGGAAAUAACUGGGCCAAAGGACAUUAUACCGAAGGAGCAGAACUUGUAGAUUCAGUGCUUGAUAUUGUGAGAAAAGAAUGUGAACACUGUGAUUGUUUGCAAGGAUUUCAGCUCACUCAUUCUCUUGGAGGAGGAACAGGUUCUGGGAUGGGAACACUUCUCAUCAGCAAAAUUCGAGAGGAAUAUCCAGAUAGGAUUAUGAAUACAUUUAGUGUCAUGCCAUCUCCCAAAGUGUCUGACACUGUGGUAGAACCAUAUAAUGCCACUCUCUCAGUCCAUCAGCUGGUUGAAAACACAGAUGAAACCUACUGUAUUGAUAAUGAAGCGCUGUAUGAUAUUUGCUUCCGUACUUUGAAGCUUACCACUCCAACAUAUGGAGAUCUCAACCAUUUGGUGUCUGCCACAAUGAGCGGGGUGACAACAUCACUGCGUUUUCCUGGCCAACUAAAUGCAGAUUUACGCAAGUUGGCAGUAAAUAUGGUUCCAUUCCCACGCUUACACUUCUUUAUGCCUGGAUUUGCUCCUUUGACUGCCCGAGGCAGCCAGCAGUACAGAGCACUUACAGUUCCAGAGCUCACUCAGCAAAUGUUUGAUGCCAAAAACAUGAUGGCAGCUUGUGAUCCAAGACAUGGACGAUAUCUGACAGUGGCCACAGUCUUCCGAGGCCCCAUGUCCAUGAAAGAAGUUGAUGAACAGAUGCUGGCCAUCCAGAACAAGAACAGUAGCUACUUUGUAGAAUGGAUCCCAAAUAAUGUCAAAGUGGCUGUUUGUGAUAUAGCGCCUCGUGGCCUCAAAAUGGCCUCUACUUUUAUCGGAAACAGCACCGCCAUUCAAGAGCUCUUCAAAAGAAUUUCAGAGCAGUUCUCGGCCAUGUUUAGGAGAAAGGCUUUUCUUCACUGGUUUACUGGUGAAGGUAUGGAUGAGAUGGAAUUUACAGAAGCAGAAAGCAACAUGAAUGAUCUAGUUUCUGAGUACCAGCAGUAUCAAGAAGCAACAGCAAACGAUGGAGAAGAAGCAUUUGAAGAUGAUGAGGAAGAAGUUAAUGAAUAAACUUAAUACAGUUAAUAAAGUUAAUUCUCAAGUCUGAAGUGUUUGCUUUAGUACUAAUCAUUUGCCUGAUAUUAAGAACAUCAUAGUGCUUAAUUUUCAAAGAAUUUAUUUAGCCAUUUUCUCUAGAACGGAUCAUGAAUGCUUUGCAUCAAAAGUUAAGCUAAGGAUUCCCCUGAUUUAUUUACUUGCUCAAUGGGGUUGUGAGAGCAAGACUUUAACACACAUGUACACGGCCCAAAUUCUGCAAAAUGAGCAUUAUCUCUCCCAUAUUCACUGGGUUGGCUGAAGCAGCAAAAUUGAGUCUUGGCCAUUUAAAGAUAGUGUCAUAAUUGUAGUUUAUAAAUUACAGAACUGCCAGUUAUAAUGGGCUUAUGAGUGCACUUCAUUUGACUUGGUGUUAGUGCACAUAAAUAAACAUUAUACUGAAAUAAGUAAUUGUAUCCAGCUCUUUGAAAGAAAUGGAGAUUUUUUUCUUUUAUGAAAGAAUAUCUCCCCCGCCAUCAAACUGAAACAAUUUACACUGUAAUCCUAUGCAUGGUUACUUGAAAAUAAAUAUUUCUUACUCUAAAUGGGAU